GGUCCCGGCGGCGCCCGCGGAGCAGCUGGAGCCGCUGGUUGGCUCUGCUCCGGCCGCGGCGGGGUUCACCGGCCCGAGGCCGGGUUCCAAGCUGGCCCCCCGGAAUGUCGGUGGCCUUCGUUCCCGACUGGCUGAGAGGCAAGGCGCAAGUCAACCAGGAGACCAUCCAGCGGCUCCUGGAGGAGAAUGACCAGCUAAUCCGCUGUAUCGUGGAGUAUCAGAACAAAGGCCGGGCGAAUGAGUGCGUCCAGUACCAGCAUGUGUUACAUAGAAAUCUCAUUUAUUUGGCUACCAUUGCAGAUGCGAACCCUACCAGUCCUUCAAAAGUAAUGGAAUAACCUUCCGCCUGGCUGUUGUGAGGAGUAAUUGAAUGUAAUCCACUUCAUGUGAAUUGGAGACAGGAUCUUUACCAACUGAACUGCUGAAAACAUGAAGGAAAUCUCUGGCUCUUUUUAAAGGAAAUGUG